AUGAUUUUUGACGCGCAAUAUCUUCUUCGAUACGCGCAGCCAACCUUCCUACAUCAUUUAAAGGAAGCUGUGCUUCAAACAGUAAGUGUAAUAUUUGAAGAUCCUGGUGUCCAGGAGUUGCUGGUCAAACUAUACCAUAAAGAAUGGAGUGAGGGGCAGGUUACUGAAUACUUGGUUGCAACAUUUGGCGAUUAUUUUACUGAUGUAAAAAUGUACAUUGAAGAAAGGUCUUUUAGGAGGUUUGUUGAAGCUUGCCUAGAGGAAACAGUGGUUGUUUAUGUUGACCGUCUUUUAACACAGAAAAACUACAUCAAGGAGGAAACUAUUGAACGGAUGAGGCUAGAUGAGGAGUUCAUCAUGGACUUUUUUAGGGAACAUAUCAGUGUUUCUAAAGUUGAAAACAGAGUGAGUGUACUUAGUGACUUGAGGGAACUUGCUUCAGCAGAGAGCCUCGAUACUUUCACACUCAUCUAUACAAAUAUACUUGAACAUCAACCUGACUGCCCGCCUGAAGUUGUUGAGAAACUUGUUGGUCUACGAGAAGGAAUUCCUCGGAAGGAUGCCAAGGAGGUCAUACAAGAGUGCAAAGACAUAUAUGAAAAUUCUCUUAUUGAUGGAAGACCUCCAAAGACAGGUUUUGUUUUCCCCCGGGUGAAGUGCUUAACUGCUUCCAAAGGUGGACUUUGGCGUAAACUCACUUGA